AUGCUGCCGAGACACCCGGCCAGGCUGGCUCAACGGCAACCCGAUGCCCGGCCUCUUCACGCAGCGCACCCUGCUGGCGCGGGCCGUGGCCACCAUGCUGGCGAACAGUGCGGGCUACCCGGUCGGCCGCGAGGGCCCCACUGUCGCCAUGGGGAGCAACGUCGCCUACCUCAUCACCCAGGCCCUGGGGGAGGCGCACGUGGAGAAGCACGUGGGGGUGGACGUCGUGGUGCGGGGGCACCGGGAGGUGACCACCAUGGUGAUCGACGAGGAGCGCUUCGAGCACGCGAAGCGCAUCGUCUGCACCGUGGGCGGCGCCUGCGGCAUGGCGAUGCUGUUCGACUCGCCGAUCGGUGGCAUCAUUUACAUGUUCGAAGAGAUCACCUCGGUGUCAUGGCCGCUGGAGGUUACCUUUCGGGCGUUCGCAGGCACAUCGGUAUGCGCACUCGUGUCGAAGAUGCUGCUGAACUUGGUGCACAGCGACACCAAGGAGUGGGACUUCUGCUAGCGGCGACAUGCGUCCUUUGCGCUGAGCAUUUCGUUUGUGCACGAACGGAGGACGUGAUGUUAUCUGGUUGCCACGGCUGUAUGUGUGUCGCCACUUCUUACUGGGGAAGACGCAAACCUUGCUGCGGAUUCCUGAAAGCCUCGCAUUUGCAUAAUGAAAACGAUAUUGCACAUGCGGUUCUCGAUUCAAUAUCGUAUGAUGGCUUACUGAUCCCUGUGUUUUGCAAUCUGAGGCAGAGGUGUUCAUUAGCUUAG